UCAUAGUCAACCUGUGAAACGUCCCCCCGUAAUGUUGUUAUUCCAUUUGUUGUGCUUUCUUUGCGUCCUUUCAGUCGGCUGGAGCUAUGGUGGUUAUGGAGCACCUGAUUACUAUUCAUCAUCGUGUGAUCAUAUCGUCUGUCCGACGACCAAAAGUGAAGUUUGCGCCAAGUCACGCAUGACAAAUCAGGAGGCGACCUUUGACAAUGAAUGCGCAGUACGACACUACAGCUGUCUCUAUGUGGAAUCUUGGCAAAUCAUUAAUCUGGGAUCCUGCGAGUGUCCCACGCAGUGCUUCAGCAGAUGUAAACCGAUUUGCGCCGCAUUGGGCGAAGAACUGCGAACGUUUAACAGCAGUUGCGAGCUACGACAAUACAGAUGCUUUUCCGAUGAACCUUGGAUUCAAGUAACGAAUGAACACUGUGGCCUGCCAAAUCCUUUCUAUGGUUCACCGUCCUACGGAUAUCAGCCUUACGCUGCGCCUCCAGUUUAUGGUCAACAGCCGCCUGCAUUUGGUCCUCCUUUGCCAUUGACCUACCACAAUCCUGGCUACUAUAAUCCCCAACCGAUUACGAAUGCGCAAUCUCAACAACUACCGUAUCACGUGUACAUCUCAAGAGACUCGCUGCCCACCGAAUCAAUGGAUGCAUUUGGCUACACAACAGUUGCAUCGACUUCAACUCCAUCUUCGACAACAGUGUCAUCCACAACACCAACGACAACUACCUCGACUACGCCUUCGACUACUGCAUCGACACCAGAUUCAACUACACCUUCAACAACAGCAACCACGACCUCAGAUACAGCUUCGACUACAGAUACAGGCUCCGGAGACUCCGGUUUAGGCGAAUCCAAGCUGAAAGUUGAAAGUUUCAGGCUAAAUGUAGCAAAUGAUGCUGCAACAGAUCCAACAACAGUGUUGACAACGGAGUCCACAACACCUUCGACUACAGUUUCCACAACGGAUUCUACAACAGAUUCAACAACAGUCUCUACAACAGAGUCCACAACACCUUCGACUACACCUUCCACAACAGAUUCAACAACUGUAUCCACAACAGAGUCCACAACACCCUCGACUACAGUUUCCACAACGGAUUCAACAACUGUAUCCACAACAGAGUCCACAAGACCCUCGACUACAGCAUCCACUGCAGAAUCGACUACAGUUUCCACAACGGAUUCAACAACAGUCUCUACAACGGAGUCCACAACACCUUCGACUACAGUUUCCACAACGGAUUCAACAACUGUAUCCACAACAGAGUCCACAACACCCUCGACUACAGCAUCCACUGCAGAAUCGACUACAGUUUCCACAACGGAUUCAACAACAGUCUCUACAACGGAGUCCACAACACCUUCGACUACAGUUUCCACCAAGGAUUCAACAACUGUAUCCACAACAGAGUCCACAACACCCUCGACUACAGCAUCCACUGCAGAAUCGACUACAGUUUCCACAACGGAUUCAACAACAGUCUCUACAACGGAGUCCACAACACCUUCGACUACAGUUUCCACAACGGAUUCAACAACUGUAUCCACAACAGAGUCCACAACACCCUCGACUACAGCAUCCACUGCAGAAUCGACUACAGUUUCCACAACGGGUUCAACAACAGUCUCUACAACGGAGUCCACAACACCUUCGACUACAGUUUCCACAACGGAUUCAACAACUGUAUCCACAACAGAGUCCACAACACCCUCGACUACAGCAUCCACUGCAGAAUCGACUACAGUUUCCACAACGGAUUCAACAGCAGUCUCUACAACGGAGUCCACAACACCUUCGACUACAAUUUCCACAACGGAUUCAACAACUGUAUCCACAACAGAGUCCACAACACCCUCGACUACAGCAUCCACUGCAGAAUCGACUACAGUUUCCACAACGGAUUCAACAACAGUCUCUACAACGAAGUCCACAACACCUUUGACUACAGUUUCCACAACGGAUUCAACAACUGUAUCCACAACAGAGUCCACAACACCCUCGACUACAGCAUCCUCUGCAGAAUCGACUACAGCUUCCACAACAGAUUUAACAACUUUAUCCACAACAGAUUCUACAACAGUGUCCACCACACCUUCCACCACAGCAUCCACUGCAGAAUCGACUACAGUUUCCACAACAGAUUCAACAACAGUAUCCACAACGGCGUCCACAACACCUUCGACUACAGUUUCCACAACGGAUUCUAAAACAGUGUCCACCACACCUUCGACCACAACAUCGACUACAGCUUCCACAACAAAUUCAACAACUGUAUCCACAACAGAUUCUACAACAGUGUCCACCACACCUUCCACCACAGCAUCCACUACAGAAUCGACUACAGCCUCUACAACAGAGUCCACAACACCUUCGACUACAGCAUCGACUUCAACAACAGUAUCCACAACAGUGUCCACCACACCUUCCACCACAGCAUCCACUGCAGAAUCGACUACAGUUUCCACAACAGAUUCAACAACAGUAUUUACAACAGAGUCCACAACACCCUCGACUACAGCAUCCACUGCAGAAUCGACUACAGCUUCCACAACAAAUUCAACAACUGUAUCCACAACAGAUUCUACAACAGUGUCCACCACACCUUCCACCACAGCAUCCACUACAGAAUCGACUACAGCCUCUACAACAGAGUCCACAACACCUUCGACUCCAGCAUCGACUUCAACAACAGUAUCCACAACAGUGUCCACCACACCUUCCACCACAGCAUCCACUGCAGAAUCGACUACAGUUUCCACAACAGAUUCAACAACAGUAUUUACAACAGAGUCCACAACACCCUCGACUACAGCAUCCUCUGCAGAAUCGACUACAGCUUCCACAACAGAUUUAACAACUUUAUCCACAACAGAUUCUACAACAGUGUCCACCACAUCUUCCGCCACAGCAUCCACUGCAGAAUCGACUACAGUUUCCACAACAGAUUCAACAACAGUAUCCACAACGGCGUCCACAACACCUUCGACUACAGUUUCCACAACGGAAUCAACAACUGUAUCCACAACAGAUUCUACAACAGUGUCCACCACACCUUCCACCACAGCAUCCACUACAGAAUCGACUACAGUUUCGACAACGGCUUCAACAACAUUAUCCACAACUGACUUGACUACGGAGUCAACGACAGACACAAUUACAACUUCAACCACACCUUCAAGUUCCAAUGUACAAUUGAAACGAUUAAGCAAGAAUAUAGCGAUCAGUAUUACAAAUACGACAACCACACCUGCAACAACAACAGACUCAACUACGCCAGCAACUACAACAUCAACGAUAAUGGCAACAAGAUUCUAUUCUACGUCUUCAACACCAACUCCCGAAUUUCAGGUAAUGAGAAUGAGCGAAUCGCAAGAUGCGGCAGCAUUAAUACCAUCGACAGCUUCAAGGGAAUUGACAAUAAGAGGACAUAAAAUCCAUUUGCCAGAACAAGAUGUUGCAAUAAUUCUAAUUCCGUAGGGAAACCCACAAUAAUAAUUAUAAGAAACGAUUCAAUAUAAAAGACUAACAACCAAACUCUUUAAAAUUGUAAAAGCGAAAGCAAUAUUGUUACUCUCAUCACAUAAUAAUAAUCGAAUAUUUCAAUUAAUGAAGUUUGUCUGCCAUCUUCUCAUCAGAAAUUUCCCAUCGUUCAAUCACCUAAUGGGUUAUCGUGGUCAUUAUUUCAUAAUAAUCAGGUUUAGAACACACAAAAGCUCGUUUUUUGAUUGAGAGAGUGGUUUUUGGGUUCCAUUUUAGGCGGUGUAUUGUAUGCCUCCAUCUCUUCAAACGUUGUUUAUAAAUUCGGUAUUGUAUUGCCAAUUGUCUCGAUUUUCUUAUUAGAAUCCUUCGCUGUCGCACUUCAAAUUUUCUUUUUUUUCGCACGCUUAAAUACUUAAGUAGUUUGCUAUACUUUCCAAUUUCAUCAGACAAAAGUAAUUGCAGUAAUUGAUUGCGAAUAUACGAGAGUAAAGAAUUAGGAGUCAUCAUCCUAUUUAAAUUCUUAAUUGCACUUUGAUUCCUGAUUUCAAGGAACCGAUAUUUCCAGCCAUUAGAUAAGAAUUGCGUCCAGCCUUGUCGCAAGGGUCCAAAGAUGUGAUUGGUUCUUUGAAGAUUCGUUAGCUUUUUGUUAUCGACAGUUAUUAUUUGUAUAAUCGCUUCAUAGGUAUUAUUAAUGUUUCCCUCUGUUGCACUGUUUAGC